UCAUGUACAUGUAACCAUAACCGCUUGCAAAGUAAACAAAUAACCUGCCGGUUCUUAUCAAAAUUGACACAAUCAUAUAAUUAGUUUAAAUAAUUUCUAAUUAAAGCCUUAAAAUUUAUAAAAUUUUUUAAUAGUUUAGCAUGGCUGCAACAUUCAAAGGGAAGCGUGCAUUGAUUACUGGCGCUGGCAGAGGUAUAGGAAGAGCUAUUGUCAAGGAACUUGUUUCGUUAGAAGCUUCUGUAGUAGCCUUGAGUCGCACCAAAGAACAUUUAGUGACACUUAAAAAUGAAUUUCCUCAAAUUGAAAUCGUUGCUGUUGAUAUUGCUGAUUGGAAGGAAACAGAAAAAGUUGUUAAAAAUCUAGGAACUUUCGAUCUCUUGGUAAACAAUGCAGGAAUUGGGGAGUUGGAAAAAGUAGGCGACAUUACAGAGGAUGUAGUUGAUAGAACAUUUGCUGUGAAUGUGAAGGCUGUAAUUAAUAUCUCUCAAAUUGUUGCCAAUGGAAUGAAAAAGGCGGGUAUCCGUGGCAGUAUAGUCAACAUGUCUAGUCAAGCAGCCAUUAUUGCCCUUGACAAACAUGCUACCUAUUGUGCUUCAAAAGGAGCAUUAGACCAACUAACUAAAGUGAUGGCUCUGGAACUUGGUCCCUCUGGUAUUCGAGUAAAUAGUAUAAACCCAACUGUUGUACGUACUGAGCUAGGUAUGAUGGCUUGGGGGGAAAAAAAGAUAGAAGCUGCUAUGAAAGCAAAAAUACCUUUGGGAGAUUACUGUGAUCCGGAAGAUGUGGUUAAAGCAACUGUAUUUCUUUUGAGUGAUGAUGCUCGCAUGAUUACUGGAGUUCAGUUACCUGUUGACGGAGGAUAUAUCAUACAAUAAUUGUAAUGUUAUUGCACCUAUGAUUAAUAAUAAUUAUAAAAAUAAGCCAUAAUGACCACUGCAGUGCAAUAACCUGUUACUAAAGAAUAUGAUGCCAUAAAUAAAUCACUUCACCUAAAAUAAUAUUUAAUUAUUUUUAUAACGGAAAAGUUACAUUUGUUAUAGUUUUAUAUCAUUUUAGAAGUAUUUUUGUAUUUUUAAUUAUUAUCUUGUUUGUUUUUAAAGGUAUAAUAA